AUGGAAUUAAACAAUACAGACCCUAAUAGUACUGACUGGUAUGAUGGAGGAUAUGCUGAGAAUCCAGUCAUUAAUUUUACUAUAGCCGUCUCUGUUGCCAUAGCCCUCUGUCUGGUUGGAAUGGCAGGAAAUAUUAUUGUAUUCUGGCAUCUUUCCUUCAAGAUCAAGAGGAACAAAUACACAGUUUAUAUUAUCAAUCUGGUGGCGGCUGACUUAAUUUUUUUAACGUUUACUGCAAUUUUAAUGGCACUACAUAUUUAUUCACUAAAUGGACCUGAUAUUUUUAGUACUACAUCUUAUUUAAAUUGCCAUCGUUUUGUGGAAAUAUGUUACAAAAGCUCUCAAUAUUCAGGGAUGUUCUUCCUCACAGCCAUCAGCUUGGAAAGAUGUCUGUCUGUCUUUUUUCCCAUGUGGUAUCAUUUUCAUCGACCUAAGAACCAAUCAUCCAUCACAUGCUUCCUACUUUGGAUAACUGGAUUUGCACAGAGUCUCAUCGAAAGUUUUGUGUGUCCGCCAGAGGAGUUAAUACCUCAGACAAAAAACUGCACAGGAGUUAAAUUAAUGACAUUUAUUAUAGCCAUCGGUGUCUGCCUGCCAUUGAUGGUCCUGUCUAGUCUCACCCUACUAAUCAACAUCAAACGGACUUUCAAGGAUCAGUACCCUUCAAAACUUUAUAUCAUAAUAAUUGUUGCUGUCAUUGUAUUUAUCUUGUCAGUCAUGCCAUUACAUAUUUUAUGGCUUUUAAUGUAUUUCAAACUUUUUCCCUUAGAUGUUUACCCCAUGGGUCUCUUUUAUGCCACUGUAUACGUCACAGGACUAAACAGUACUUUGAACCCAUACAUUUACUUCGUUGUAGGAAAACAAUGGAAACAAAAAUCUCACCAUUCCAUACAUGAUAUUCUUCAAAGAGCUUUUGCAGAUGAUGGAGAAAUAAAGGGAGAGAGAAAAAUAUCACAAAGCAAUGAAGCAAACAUUUCAUCGUGUCAAACCCAGAAUUCAGACAUGGAAAGACAAUCUUAA